CAGGCAUUAGCGCCCCCCGGUGCGGGGCGCGGGCGCCCGGGCAUCCUCCGGCGCGGCGGCGGCAGCGGCGGCUCCUCCUCCCCGGCACCUCGGAGCCCCGCGGGCGCGGAGCGGCUCUCAGCGCCGGCCGUGCGCCCUCCGCCGCCCCUCUCUGCGCCGCCGGACAACGCCAUGAAGCCGGCGGUGCUGGAAGUAAUGAGGAUGAACCGGGUGUGCAGGAUGGUCCUGGUCACUUCCGUGGGCUCCUUCAUCCUCGUCAUCUUCUAUUUCCAAAGUAUGUUGCACCCAGUAAUGCGUAGAAAUCCAUUUGGGAUGGACAUUUGCUGCCGGAAAGGAUCCAGAAGCCCACUCCAGGAACUGUAUAAUCCCACCCAGUUGUCCAACACAGCGAUUCUUCAUCAGAUUAGACGAGACCAAGUGACAGACACGUGCCGAGCAACCAGCGUAUCUAGCAGGAAGCGCCGCGUGCUGACACCCAACGAUCUCAAACACCUGGUUGUGGAUGAAGAUCAUGAAAUGAUCUAUUGCUAUGUUCCCAAAGUGGCCUGCACAAACUGGAAGAGAGUCAUGAUGGUUUUGACGGGAAGAGGCAAGUACAGCGAUCCGAUGGAAAUCCCAGCCAACGAGGCCCAUGUGUCUUCAAACCUGAAGACCCUCAACCAGUACAGCAUCCCAGAGAUCAACCACCGCUUGAAAAACUACAUGAAGUUCCUCUUUGUUCGCGAGCCUUUUGAGAGACUGGUGUCAGCCUACAGGAACAAGUUCACCCAGAAGUACAACACUUCCUUCCAUAAGCGAUACGGCACCAAAAUCGUGAGGCGCCAGAGGAAAAACGCAACCCAGGAAGCUCUGCGUAAAGGUGAUGAUGUGAAGUUUGAAGAGUUUGUGGCCUAUCUCAUCGACCCACACACCCAAAGAGAAGAGCCCUUCAACGAGCACUGGCAGACUGUGUACUCCCUCUGCCACCCCUGCCACAUCCACUACGACCUCAUAGGAAAAUACGAAACGCUCGAAGAGGAUUCAAAUUACAUUCUCCAGCUGGCAGGAGUAGGAAACUACCUGAAGUUCCCCACCUAUGCAAAGUCUACGAGAACUACUGAUGAAAUGACCACAGAGUUCUUCCAGAACAUCAGCUCCGAGCACCAAACGCAGCUGUAUGAAGUCUACAAACUUGAUUUUUUAAUGUUCAAUUACUCAGUGCCAAGCUACCUGAAAUUGGAAUGAGGGAUGGGUCGGGGGGAGAGAGGGGAGAGAAAGCCUGUUUUAUUUAAGAUUUUUAUUUGUCAUAAUAAAUAUGGAGGAUGGGUUAUUUUGUAAGUUAAUAUUUUCUUUUUUUGAAUGAUGCUGCGAGCAGCACAGUCAAAAUUAUUUAAAUCAACUGUAAGAAAGGACAGCUCUCUGCAGGGUAACAGGAUUGUGAUGAUCUAGCUGUAGAAAUGAAUAAUAUUGCUACACUGUUUUAAAAAAUUGUUAAUUGUGUUCUGGUGAAUUUCAUUGAUCUUGCAUUCCUCCAAUCCUAAUUAAUGUUAUUUAUACUUAUUUAAAACAUGGUCUCUUGGUAGGUGUCACUUCAGCAGCAGAGAUAAGAUAACAGUUGGACAAAAGGAGUCUGGUUUUAUGCUUUCCUUAGUUCAGCUUGUCUCUGGGUAAUAAUAUCCUUCCAUUAGCUGUUGAUGCCAGUUAAUAUGGGAAUGGUUCUUGAUACCACACACUUUGAGAACAGUGGUGGAAAUAAUUUCUUCAGAAAGUGAUAUUGCACUUAAGCAUACUAAAAAAAAAAUCUAUCUAGCCCUGAAAGGGAAAAGUAAAGCAGAUUUUGAUAGAUCCAUGAUAUCUAAAACCCAUGACUGAAAGAAAUGUGAAUGUAUUCCUUGGGAAGAGAAACCAUGAACUUUUUAUAAGUCUGGACUUAAUGAUUUUAUCAAGAAUAUGACCAGUCCCAUUGCCUCUCAAUUUAAAGCCUGCCAGCCCAAAAGAAUGCAGAUUUGAGGGUGGUCCAUGAGAAAAAAAUUUACUUUUUUGAUAGUGACUGUAGAGAUUUUUGAAUGCCCAACGCAAUUGGCAUUGACUUAAUUCAUAUCCAGGAUGCGGGUGGGGGGAGCUCCAUCCUCUUCAAGUCAUGCCUCCCUAAUUGAUCUUAAGAUGGGCAACAAAAAUUGGCUCAAAAAACACCCGUCACUGUAUGUUGCUGUAAAGGGUGUGGACAUGUAAUUUGAAAAGUCAGAAAGUAAUCAAAGUAAUCUUCAUGUUGAUCUCUAAGCAUGAAAGGCAAUAAAAAAGGUCUUUCAUCUUGCUACAUGCUGGUUUCAUGGCUUUUUCCUAGGAGGAAGGGGAAGUCUUUUUUUUUUUUUUAGCUGAUGACUAAAUACCAUUGACAAGGAUGUUUCUAAUUUCCACUGGGUUAGUAUUUCGUCUAAGUCAGCUCUCGCAUGAGACCACAAUCUUUUUAUUUAAGGUGAACAUCUCAGUAGCGGUUGUUUUGCGUGUUGGGAUGGCAGAUUGUACCAGGCUUAGCACACCGAGCGAUGCUUUUGGGCAAGCAAGUAGCAAUCUAAUCACGGCAAAUAAACAAUGAAAAACAAGAUUUCAGUGUGGAUCUAUUAGCAAGCUCAGUGGGCAGAAGUACUGGCUUCUCCAAAUGUUGCUUUGAUUUGAUGCAGGUGAGGUGUACGGCCAAGCGGGUGGCAGGUGCCUGCCUGGGGAAGGGUCUGCAGCCACGUCAAGCUGCCCCAUCCUGGGGCGGCAGCACGCUGGUGCUGAUGGGCAGGAGGAGGCAGAGGCUUAAGUGAAGGCACUUGUGGGAAACUAAAAUCUGUUUUAAAGUUGAACGAGUGUUAAAAUGGGGUUUUGACUUGCCUGUGUGUCAAUCUUGUGAGCAGCCCCAACCCUUCCAAAAAUCAAUGAAGAUUUAAAAAAACCCAGCUGAAGGCAGAGCGGUUUUAACAGCAUCAGAGCCAGAUCCUGAAAAUGUCAUACUGUAGCUGACGGUACCCACUGAAUUACGUUAGUCUCCAGGACACACAUGUGGUUAAUGAAGAAAAAUAAGUUCCAUCUUAUUUCAUAAAAAUAAGUUGCUGAAUACAUCUCAGUGAAGAACAGAUUAACAUAGCAAAUAGCAGCUGAAGUCCUUUCAAAAUUAGAUUUGCUUUUAGCCAGGAUUCGGGUCAUUAUUUUUUUUUUUUAUCAUACCCUACAAAUAAAUUUCCUAUCCAUUCUAGAACAGCCACAGUUUUCAUAACCCAGGGCCUAUUUAUAACCUGGAGCACUGACCCAGUGCCUAGUGAAGAGCUGGCUGUCUGCGCCUGACAGCGCUGCAUUCCUGAGCGGUUGCUGAUCACUGGCUGCUGUUUUACUUGAAAGCAGUUUUGUCUCAUUUAGAGCAUGCAGAGCUGUUGCAAGUGCCUAUCACAGUGUGCCCAGGCUUUCUUUUGUUCGUAGUUCAAUGGCUAUGUUUGUUAAAAAAAAUCUGUCUGAGGGUAGAUUUCCCCUUUCCCCCUCCAGUAUUUCCCUACAAGCUGUGUGUUUGUUUGGUCUUGUAUCCAACAGUGUUCACAUUUUGGUCGUUUUCAGUUAGCUGUUAAUCCCCCCAACAGAUUGUGAUGGAAAUUUUUUUCCAUUUAAGAAAAAAGUUGCUUCAGAAAGUAAACAUUUUAAAAACAGGAUGUGCUUCCCCCUUUCUUUUUGUACUUUUCUCUGCCAUCACCACAUUUUUAUCUGUUCUGAACACACACAAAAAAAAAACCUAUUUGACAGCUGUGAUAGAAAAGCUUUAGGAGAAAGCCAUGUUUAGGAGAUCGGAAGGGUGAGCGCUGCUCCAGCCGGGCUUUUUAGCAGCCACUUUGGGUUUGAUUACCCAGAUUCUGCCUCCCUGCAGAGGGCUGCCCUAUGGGCAGAUGCUCAGCACUGAGAUGGCUUUUAUGUGGUCUUAAGCGGGUAGUUAGAAGUCACUUGCUUUUAAAAAAAAUUGAUCCCAAACUACUACAAAUUGUCCAUUUAUCAUGUUAUGCCUGGUCUGGGGUGCUGUGAAUGGGCUGUAGAGCUGUAUUUAAAAUGAACAGCUGACAUGCUGGAUACAAUCGCGUCCUGCGCGUUGAGCAUGAAGCCCUCACCACGUCAGAGGAGGACCACAAAUGUUAAGGAACAGUCUUUUUCUUUUUGCUCUACUGGGUGUGUUGUUUUGACUGAGCCAAAAAAUAUCCCCUUCCCCUGCCUCCCCACAGAAGGAGGCUCAGGGUCAUUCCUCCUCGUCUCAGUGAGCUGGCAGCCACCACCUGCAGUGCAGGGUCAGCCGUGGAACCAGGUUGGUUUUAGCCCAUCUCUUCACUGUGUUUCCCAGCCAGAGGAACAGAGGAGCUGGUUUGCUCCUGAGCCCUGCCUCCCUCCCGGGUUCAUUUCUGCCGUGGCCACAGCUGGUCCUGGGAGAUGAACGGGCAAAAGUGCAGCCACAGCAAAAUUGAAAAUACAGAUGUGCCCGUGGGGCCACGAGGGCCACACGGGGAGCUGCUGUUUUUUGAAGGACGUGUAUUAGUUGAGCAGUGGUGAGCACAGGGAGGACCCAGCGGGGAAGGUCCCACUCCCCACCUCUGCCCCGGCUCCCUCAAAGCCCCUGUGCUCGAGGAGCGGUGAGCAGCCUCCCCAUCAUUUGGCAGGGCCAGCGCUGAGCCCAGCAGCACCCGUGGCUCCUUGCCCAGCGCGAUACCCACAGCUGGGGGCUCAUUCCCCCCCGAUGGUCCCAAGCACCUUAAUCUGGAGCCCAGGCCGGAUUUGGCUGAACGUGGUGGUGACUCCUGAGUGGUGGGAGGCCCUCCCAAACCUGACUUGGUCUGUGCUUCAGUCUCUUCAUAAACCGUGUCCAUUAUCACAGAAACGUGCAAACUGCCUGAACCAUGCGCUGCGUAAGACAAAUGAAAUAAAUAAUCCACAAGCAGAAGUGCUUUUAGAAGUUGACCCCAGAUGUUUUAGGGUUUCACUGUAGUCUGCUGCACUUUUCAGGUACAAAAAGGGACUGUCCUUACUAUUACUCUUGUUACAGAGAGUGUUAUUUUCUUACAUGCAUGCACAAUACAAUGUGUACGACUAAUUUAACAUCAAUGUGGGGUUCGAUUUUUUUUUUUAACCUAUUUGUAUGCAGUAGAAGGCUUGUUGUAGAAAAGUAUCUCCUCAUACCUAAGUAUACUGUUAAUAAAGAAAAAAGCUAAAUUAUACAUUGCCAACACAAUUGUGAACUGCUCAUGAAUCUUUCCUUAAAAAAAGCCAUUCAAGCCUGAUUAUUUUUCUAAGUAACUUCAAUUAAAUUGAAGA